AUGACCAACCUGACCCCUCUGACACCCUCCCAACUCACCGCCGCCGCCACGGCAGCCCUAACUCUCCAACUAUCAGCCCAGGACGAGCACUCCAAACGCCCUUUCGUCGCCCUCCUUCUAGCACCAGACAACUCCACAAUUUUAUUAUCAUCCUUAUCCCUCUCGCACGUCCGGCACGCCGAAAGCGAACUCGCCCGCAAUGCCGCCGAUAACUUCGCCUUCGACUACUUGGCCCGCUGCACCCUGGUCUCAACCUGGGAGCCGUGCGCCAUGUGCGCGGGGACUAUCUACUGGGCGCAUAUUGGGCGCGUGGUGUACCUUGCGUCGGAGAGUGAGUUGCGGAAGUUAACGGGGAAAGGGAAUAAGGAGAAUCUGACGUUGGAUUUGCCUUGCCGCGAUGUUUUUGACAAAGGGCAGACGGAGGUCGAGGUGAUCGGCCCGGUGGUGGAGUGGGAGGAGAGGAUUGUGCAGGAUAGUAGGAGGUAUUGGGGGCGGGUGUGA